AUGGAUAAGGUAUUGCUAGUACUUCUUUCAAUACUACUAGGAUUCACCAUCCUUGUAGUGCAGUUUUUCCUCCAGUCGGGCGGAUUGAAAACCAUCAAGAUUGCAAACAAGUCGCCGUACUACAGACCCACAUUCCUUAUCUGUGGUCCGAACAAUGCGGGCAAAACGGCGCUUUUUUAUAAAUUACUUGGCGAUGGGUCUGGAAUUGAUGAAGGAGGGGCAGGAAACGAAAAGGACAAGGGUUUAAAAAUUGUCACCACGGUGUCUUCAAUUGAGCCCAACUUUGCGGAUAUUACACUUCCAAUAUCCAAUCCGCAAGUUGGCAAGAAAUUCCAAUUGGUUGAUUAUCCCGGCCAUUUGAAGUACUGGAACUUGUUUGAAAGGCUCGUUAGACAAGAUAUUACUCUUUCGCAAUUGAAGGGUGUGAUUAUAGUUAUUGACUCCAGUAGCGGUAACUGGGGUAAGGAUAGUUUACAGGUUGAAAAGUUGACAAAGUUUUUGUACAAUUUAAUUGCAAUUACCGAGAGGAAGCAGAACGGUGUUGACUACAUGUUUGCCUUGAACAAGAGUGAUAUGUUUGAUGCUUUGCCUGUUCACAAGAUCAGGUCGACCUUGGAGCUGGAGAUACACAAGUUGAUCCAGAAUGAGAUUAGUAGUAGGGAAAAGACAUCUGGGAUUGAUGCAAUUGACGAUGACGCAGAGGAUAGCGUACACGGCGGAAGAGGUAGUGGUAGUGGUGGUAGUGGUGGUGGUGUAGGUGCCAAUGGGAAUGGCGGGGUGAGUAGGGAGAGUUUGAGGGAGUUUUGGUUGGGAGUGCUUGGCUCUGCCAAGGGUUCUACAUUUACAUUUGAUAAAUUGGAAGGGAAUAUGGACUUUUUGAAUGGUAGUGUGUUGAAGGGAAAAAUAGGAAGCUGGGAAGAUUGGAUGGAUGAGAAAGUUGUUAAUCCGUAA